AUGUCAGUACGCCAAAGUGAAGAAAAUGUAGCUAAUCUCGCUGCUCCUGGUGACAGCUGUGUCAUUUGCAACGAGGAAACCACAAACUUUAAUUUUGUGUCUACGCCUUGUAUGCACGGUUUUCACCGAUCGUGUCUAACGAUAUGGCUAACCGACCACGAUUCUUGUCCUUUGUGCCGUAGAACUAUUGAUUCACAGUCCCUGAGAAGUUUUUCCGAACAAGAACUUCGACCAGGUAUGGAGAAUUCAUCUUCUCAAGGUGCAGUACCCAGAAAUAACAACUCAAACGCAGGAGGUCGUAUGACACGAUCUAGGGCUGCAAAUAGUAAUCCACCUGAUAGGUCUAUACAAGACGAUACUCGUUCACCGGCUAAUAUGCGUCGCGGUCGUAAUUACAGACAAAAUCGAGACGAGCAGCGACAAGCUAACUAA